GAAAAUCUAGCUGCAGAAGUAGCUGCAGCGCCCACUUACAGCUAGAUUAACUAGAUUAAAAGGUACAUUUAUCUAGCUGCAUGAUGGUUGAAAUUGUGUACUAGCUGAAACGGCCACUGCAUGGGCCGAUUAAUCGAGCAAUGAAUUGCCCGAUUAAUCGAUAGCAACUAGUUGUACUCAGUUGAAACUAGCUUCAAUCCAGCUGAAGCUAGAUAAAAUUUUCAUGUAUUUCUGUGCAGCUAGCUGAAGCUAGAUAAAUGUACCUUUUAAUCUAGAUGCAGCGCCCGAUUCAUGAUUUUUUUUCGUGCUUGGGAGGUGCUCAUUUCUACAUAAUUUAUUUUUCAUCUGAUAAAGUGAACAUCGCUGAUGAAAUGUCAAAAAUAAAAAGGUUGAAAAAUUAGAUUUACUCAACUAAUUGAAUUUUCCUUGUAUGAAAAUCUAUUCGAAUUUUUACGGUAACAGACAUAAUGCGUUUCUGCAUGCUUUUUCUGUGGUUUUUUUUCUUGACGUUCACGACAUGAUCUAGAAAACUAGGCUACAUAGAAAUAUUUUGUUCGGUCACUGAAGAUUGACCCAUGUUCUCUUCUUGAAAAAUGGUCUUAAUGUGCACCAUGGUGCCACAAGGUCCAGAAGCGGAACAAAACUGUCUUUCGGACUUUGAAUUUUUCACAUAUUCUUGUAAGGCACUAUUUGUUACGAAGAAAACGAAUGUGAUUAACAAGAGUUUGUUUCCUUAUUGUCUGUUUGUUCAGUUUGUUUAGGCGCUUCUAAUAACUCUAAUUUUUGAUUACAUGGAAACAAAACUUUCUCUUUUUUUGUUACUUUUUUCCUCUGUUCAAUCAAUGACAAUAGUUUUUUCUCGAUUUUUAACAACUGAAAUAACGACUACAGUUAAACCGAUCUUGUGGAACCCUUUUUGAUUCUGUAAGUGACCACUUACAUGCAGAUUCUGUCGACAUGGCAACUUGUGCAUAGCACAAUUGCAAUCUAGUUAAUAUAUCUAGUUAUAAUUCGCGUUGAUUAUUUUAGGGCAUGAAGCUGAUAUUACUGCUGAAAAUGAUGCUUAUCAUCAAUUAGGUGUAUCAACAUUGUGUUAUUUUAAUCCAUACGUAUCAACAAAAUAUACGAGAUUAUUUAACGAAUGUUUGACAAAUGAUUAUUUUCUUAAAAAUAAUUCACAAUUACCAUAUUUAUUUUCUUAUGAUGGUGAUAUUAUUAGUCGACAUUUUUUUGUUGGGAGUAUCGAUUUUAGUAAUGAAAAUGCUGGACAAUGGUAUCAAAAACAAAUAGCAAAAAGUUUAACAUUAGGUUUUGAUGGAUUUAUGCUUGAUUUUGGUGAAUAUACACCGAUAAAUAGUUUUGCAUCCAAUGGUGAAAAUGGUUUAUCAAUGCAUAAUCAUUUCAUUGAAUUAUAUCAAAAAACUGUUUAUGAAAUGACAAUUCCAAUUGGUGGAUAUGUAUGUGAGCUUUAUUCUAAUUUAUCUACAGAAUUAUUGGUUCGUUGGUUACAAAUUGGAACAUUUGCCGGUUUUAUGCAUGAUGAAACUGAAGGUUCAGCAUGUACACAAAAUCAUAUAGAAAUUGCACAUGAAGCACAUCUAAAUGGUUUACCACUUGCCCGACAUGAUCUUUUAUCUUAUUUUAAUGAUAAAACUGCUAUUGAACAAGAAUAUGCUUUUACAUUUGAAAAUGAUUUUCUUGUUUCACUUGUUGUUAAUCAAAAUCAACUAUUACAAAAUAUAUAUUUGCCACAAAAUGAGAAGUGGAUUGAUAUAUCAUCGAAUAUUCAAUAUGAUAGUGGAACAGAUGGUCGAUUUCGAAUUGAUUUAAAUCAAAUUUUAUCAGGUGGACAAUGGAUAAUGAAUGUACAAGUUGAUCUAUUCACAAUUCUAUUGUUUAUUCGUGUCGGUUCAAUUAUUCCACUGUUAGAUCCAAGUGUUUUUACAUUAAAUCCAUCUAAUAAAUCUACUUCAUUGUACAAUCUGAAUGAUCCAUUGAGACGUUUAAUGAUUUUUCAAAUUCCAUUCGAAUCACCGGCUCAUUCAUUUUCAUUUAAUGGAGCUGUACAAUUUCAAUCUGUGGAAAACUGGAUUACUGUAGUUCAAAUUGAACCAUUAGCGAAUUUGAUCGAUUGCUUUGCAUACGAUCAACAACAACGAGUUAUUUGGUUAGCUGUUACUCCUCAAAAACAAGCAUUAUUUGAAAUAACAAUCGAUUUUUAA